GCCUUCCCCGUUCACUCACACACACAGCGGUGACGGGAUAAUACACAACGCAUGAAUGUACUGUGCAGCAGGACGAGUGUGUGAGGAGGAGGAGGAGGGUGGUGUGUGUGUUUGAGGACAGUGUGAAGCGAACGAGCUGAAGGAGCUGAAGGAGCUGAAGGAGCUGAAGGAGCUCCCACCAAUCUUCUGUUUUUAUGCUGGAUGUGUUUUUGCAGCACUGCAGGCUGAGAAGGAGAAGAACUCUGGAACGUUUCCAGGUUCCUGAAAAAUGUUUCGGAGCCACGAUGUGAGGAUCCGUCAGAGCGGUCGAGCCUUCGUGGAAGCGUUGGGGUGUGACUGUGUCGGUGGAAAGAGCGCAGCGCUGUGACGUCCUGACCGCGAACUUCCUGCCCUCGAGAUGAGCGCCUCCGAGCCCGCUAACAGUGUCCCCGUCAGGGGCGCGGGCGGCAUGAAGCUCCCUCUCCACAGUGCGGGAGACCACAACGGGAAUGCUUUCCCAAUUUCAUCUUCCUCCUCUUCCUCCUCUUCCUCGUCCUGCCUCGGGGAGUCGUCUCCUGAGUCGCUGCGGAGUCUGAGCGGGGGCCGGACCGACAGCCCGCUGGACUACGACAUGUUUGACGUUACCCUGACGACGGUGAAAACUGUGACUCUGAAGUCUGUCGUUUCAGACUGGGCGCCCGAGGAGGAGCGUAACCCGGACGACGGCGAUGACGGUGACGACACCUCGUUGGGGAAAUCUCAAACCGUGACGGAGUCCAACGACAACUCCGUGUCUGUUUACCUGGACGCCAACGGCGACGACUACCACCAGGACAGCUGGAACGACAACCUGACACUCGCCCGAUCGCUGACAGGAAACGGCGGCCUCAACAACGAGGACGUCAGCAGUGGAAGCAGUAACGGGAGAAGGCGCAGCUCCUCACCUCCAGACUCGGACGCAACAGAAGUCCCUGCUGAUGAUGAUGAUGAUGAAGAGGAGGCGUUGUUUGUGUCUGUGAGCUCUGAUGUGGACGUGCAGAGAAGCAGUGCGAUGAUCGCGAGCUCAGGUGGUCGGUCAGGUGACGGCGUCCAGGUGACGGAGGUUGAGGUGGGCGGGCCUGCGGUCCACUGUCCUCCAGAGCCGUCCACAGGACGUCACGCAGAUCCUCCAGCCUCUGAAGACCUCAGUGAAGACACACAGAUGUCGACUAAAGAUGUUAAGAAAACGAGCUCUCCUCCACCUGAAGAGGCUGAAACGGGUGUAGUGGGCUCCAAACCUCCGCCCUCCCAGCCUGACGUGAGUCUGGCAGCAAGACCCAGACCUGCUCCCAGGUCAGCCGCCUCCACAGCUGCCAAACCGCCCGGUCCAGAAGCAAAGAGGGUUUCCAGAGUGGACUUAAAAACAGUCAGAGCUAAAGUGGGAUCACGCUCCGCCUCCUCCCCACCGAAACCUGCCACCCAGAAUAAAUCUGCCCCGUCCAAUGGGAAGAGAGCUGUGGUGAGGAAGGAGGUGCAGGCUGGUGAUGGAGGUAAAAGACAGCGGUCGUCGGCAGGUCCCAUCAAAGUGGCUGUGAUCAGAGCAAAGAGCAGGAACAUCAAGCCAAACCACAGGAAAGCAGCCGGGGAGCCGACCGUGCCGCAGGAGAAGAGUUUAUCCGUCAGCCGAACCCUGUCCACUUCGACCAGCUCGCUGGGCUCAGAGGUCGCUGGGGAAAAACGCCUGAAUGCUCCCAGGAAGGCUGACCGGGACGUGCCCGAUAAAUAUGGAAAACCUGAUGAGGGGGAAGCAAAAUGCCCAAGUGAGGAGUGUGUGGAGGGGCAAACGGAGGGCUCAGGAGAGGCUUCGGUGUCAGCAGCCGCUGUGGAGAAACCACGGACGCCUACCAGGAAAGUCUCCUCCAAGCUGGGACCCAGCCCCAGGCCUCAGGGAAGAGGCACCAGAGCAGACCGCGGGCCCUCAGGACCAGCUCCGGGCUCAGGGACCGGACCUCCAGGUCAGGGGAGCCCCGGACCCAGGCAAGCCCAGACGGAUGGCUCCACGCUGGGAAAAGGUGGGCCGAGUGCUGGGAGUGGAGCUCCAACCACCAAGAGUCAGGCACACACACGCUCGUGCUUGCAGCAUAUCCUGUGCUCCUCUGAAGGUCAGGGAGCACAUCUGGUCGGGUCGGAGCUCACAGAUGAUCCGUGUCGUCUCCUCUGCAGCUUUCAGGCUGCCGUUUGUUUUCUCAGGUUAGGAGCUGAGCGUCCUGAUGUUGGUCGUCCUUCAGCAGCUCGGCUCACAUCAGGACUCAGUCGUCUCCAGCUUCAGCUUCCUCCUCUGUGCAUCAAAAAGAAGAAACCAGCAGCUCCAGCAGCUCCAGCAGGGGCCGUACCAGACGAGCCGCCCAGCAGAAGCACACUUCCUGUGGGCAGCCAGAGUGCAGCAAAGCCCUCCGUCUCCAGCAGCAGCACCAGUACUCCCAGUGACGCUGUUACAAACGGUCCCAGCACUGCUGCUCCAAAACCUCCCGCCCUGAGGAGCAGAGCUGUGUCUCUGCAGGCCAGGACCUCCAGCACAGGUCUGAAGCCUCCGACGAUCACCAACCAGAACGCAGCAAAGACGGCGCCCACAAAGUCGAGCCCCGCCGCCGGUCAGGGGCUCGCGAAGCAGGCGGUGCAGUCCCCGUUACAGCGCAGCGGCUCGGCGAGGGUCAGCCGGCUGAACGGCGCAGUGGAUAAAAACAACAAGCCGGGGAAAACGCCAUCGCACACCGGCAGCAGCUCGCAGACGGCAGCAUCCACCGGAGGAAACAACCAGAACCUGCAGCUGCCUCCGCCCGACCUGAUACCAGAUGAUGUGAAUGCUAACGCACCAGUGGCACCAGUUCCUCCAGUGCCUGCCACUAACGCCACCAAUACUGCCACGUCAGGAACCGCCGGACCCUCGACUCUCGGUUUGAAAGCGAGAACCGGGCCACGAUCCGGCCCCAGAGCCGGGUCUCGCCUUCAGGGCGCGUCCAGAGCUGGCAGCCAUGGAGGCGCGGUGGCGUCGGACGGGACGAACGCCAUCAAACAGAACCAGAGCAAAGAGCAGGCAGAGAAGAAGAACCAGGCCAUCGCUCAGCUGAGGAAGCUGCUCGUGCAAGGGAACAAAAGAGUGGAGGCUCUGGCUACAGUCAUCCAGCAUCUCUUCACGGAGCGUGAGGAGACCCUGAAGCAGAAGAAGGAGCUGUCGCAGGAGCUGGCCAACCUCCGGGACGAGCUGGUCGCGUCGUCGCAGUGCUGCGAGCGUCUGCAGAAGGAGAAGCAGGAGGCGCGCGUCGGCUUCGAGGAAGCGCUGACGAGGUUGCGGGAGCAGCACCGGGAGGAGCUGGCACAGCUGGAGGAAAGGCUGACCAGUUUUUACCAAACGGAGUGGGACAAGGUCCACCAGACGUACCAGGAGGAGGCGGACAAAUGCCGCGUCCUGAUGGAGAAGCAGGUGGAGGAGCUGAGGAGCCAACAGGAAGUGGAGAGGAAGAAACAGGAAGUGAGUCACAGCCAGAAGAUGGAGUCUCUGAAACAGCAGUACAAGGCCUCAAUAGAAGAGAUGAAGACCACCCAUCGCUCCGACCUGGACGUUCUGGAAAAAUCCCUGCAGGACACCGAAGCUUCUCUCUCUGAAAAACUCUCCGAGCUCACGGCGGAGAAGGAGGACCUGAGCGAGAAGCUGCGAGCCGAGGAGGAGAGGAGGAAGAGGAUGCUCACCGACAAGAAUCUGAAGGACUCGCACACCGUGUACCUGGAGAAGGAGCUGGAGAGUCUGAAGGUGGUGCUGGAGAUCAAGAACAACCAGCUGCAUCAGAAGGAGAAGAAGCUGAUGGAGAUGGACAAACUGGUGGAGACAAAUGUGAAGCUGGAGGAGUGUCUGAAGAAGGUGCAGCAGGAGAACGAGGACUACAAGGCCAGGAUGGACAAACACGCCGCGCUGUCCAAGCAGCUGUCCAGCGAGCAGGCCAUACUGCAGCAGACGCUGCAGAAGGAGUCAAAGGUCAACAAGCGGCUGUCCAUGGAGAACGAGGAGCUGCUGUGGAAGCUGCACAACGGCGACCUGCUGGCGAGCCCCCGCCGCCUCUCGCCCACCUCCCCCUUCAGCUCGCCCCGGAACUCCGCCUCCUUCACCACAGCUGCGCCGUUAUCGCCCAGAUAACCCACCGCCCCCCCUGCGCUCCCCCCUCCCGAGUCGGAGCGGCGCCGCUGGACAUGAAGCCAUCGCAGACUUGUACAUUUUUAAAUAAAGAUCUUAUUUUGAAAAGACGCUGCGGCGGCACCGACGCACUUAAACCAGAUCGCGGCCCCGGGCUGAGCUCGCCGUCUCGGAGCGCCCGGUCCUCCCGGGAGCGUUCUUCCUCCUCUGAAGAAACCAGCAGGCACGCCUCAGGGUCUGUACAUAGCUCCUCCUCCCUGACCGCUGCUCCGCUCGCCUCCUCGGGGGAAACCUUGGAUUUGUGGAUGUUUGUGGAAACGCUCCGCCUCCAAAGAGCGAAGCUCAAUCAGCGUUCCAAUGGGACGGAGACACGCCUCCCACAGACCUCUGUCCUGUCACGACCUCGACCUUAACCUGCUUUGUGGAAUGUAAUCACCCGUGGACGUUCGACGUAGGGGGCCGGCCUCAGAGCCAAAUAUGCAGACCUCCCCUCGCGCCCUGAAAUCACCCGGUGCCCAAUCAGAUGUCUGCCCUGCCGUGCCCCUCCCUCACUGACACACUGGCCUGUUUUACUGUUUCUGUUGUUUGUCCUGAAAAACCUCAGAUUUACCCAGAAUGCCUCAGUGUACAAUGUUCUUUUUUGUUGUUUUGAACAGAAUAAAUGCGACAUGACAUCAUA